GGAUUCCAGCUGGCUCUGGCGCUGCCCUGGCGCUGCAUUGCCCUCGAGGGCCCUCGCAUGUCAACGCAUUGAUUUGGUGCCACUGGUGGCGACAAGCGCUAGCAUAGCAAAGCUGUAGCAGCCGGGGCUGGCGGUGGGUUCGAAAGGGCCAGGAAGGCAGUAGCAGAAGUGAUGCAGCCAGGCAGUGCCACAGCGGGCACCUUGGAAAGGACAUCACGCUUUGCAAUGGUGGUGCAAUUGCAUGAGAUUCAAUCUGUACAGAAAGGUUGAAGCAGAGAAAAUACCUGAAAAUUUUCGAAGUCGCUGACAAGAUGAAGGUAGUUGCGCUUGUGAGCGGGGGCAAGGACAGUUGCUACAACAUGAUGCUCUGUGAACAACAUGGCCAUGAGAUUGUGGCGCUCGCAAACCUGCUGCCGGAAGAUGACGCAACGGACGAGCUUGACAGCUUCAUGUACCAGACGGUUGGUCACCAGCUUAUCGCCGCCUAUGCCACGUGCAUGGGCCUCCCCCUUUUUCGGCGGCGCAUCCGGGGCAAGUCCAAGUCGCAGGGCCUGCAGUACUCUGCGACAGAGGGAGACGAGGUGGAAGACCUUCAGGUGCUUCUUGCAGCGGUGAAAGAGGCAAUUCCGGACGUCCAGGCGGUGUCCUCAGGGGCAAUUGCGUCCGACUACCAGCGACUGCGGGUCGAAAACGUCUGCUCUCGGUUGGGCCUGAUCUCGCUCGCCUUCAUGUGGCGGCGCGAGCAGUCCGGCCUGCUUUCGGACAUGGUCGCGGCGGGCGUCCGAGCGGUCCUGGUGAAAGUGGCGGCCAUGGGGCUGGACCCCCACAAGCAUUUGGGGCGGGAGCUGGGGGCGAUGCACCCGACCCUGGAGCGACUCAAGACGCUGUACGGUUGCAACCUGUGCGGGGAAGGGGGCGAGUACGAAACCCUGACUCUCGACUGCCCGCUGUUCAAGCACGCUCGCAUCGUUCUGGACGAGACGGAUGUCAUUAUCCACUCUGCCGACGCCUUUGCACCGGUCGGCAUUCUGCACACAAAAAAGUUCCAUCUUGAGCCAAAAGAAUUAGCGGCGGUCCCCGUACCUGAGGCUCGACAUGUGUCUCAAAAAGGAGGCCUUGUCGAUACGAACGCUCGGGUCGAGAGAGGCGGGGCGGAAGUCAUCAUGGUGGAAGACAGGGCCCCUCGUUCUUCGGACGAAGGGUCUGGCACAGUAUCGGCCGCAUCGGAAGCAGACCGGAAAACGGAAGGUCGAGAAGGGGUUCCCAAUGUGGAAAGGAACGAGGCUGUGGACUCGAUGGAAGGGGGAUCAGAAGAUGACGUCACAGUGGGAAAUGUUGAUCCAGACGGCAUCUUUAGAAUACGCUGCGGUCACCCGAUCCCAAUAUCGGACGGUGGGCCUCCAGCCGUCCCCUCGACAGAUGGAGCUCUUAGCACAGGCCAGGAUAGCACAGGGGGAAGUUCAGGAGGGGAGACGGGCACCUUAAGAGCAAGCGGUUCCGGUCCCAGUUCCGGUUCCGCUUCGAAUCUAAGAGAGGGGGUCUCGCCGCAGCAGACCGAAGGCGCCGUACGCUCGCUGCUGACGUCAGCAGAGGCGGAGCUCGCGGCGCAGGGCAUGACGUGGGCCGACGUCAUCUACGUGUACCUCUUCCUGGCGGACAUGGCGCACUUUGCGCGCGCCAACGCUGCGUACAAGCAGGUCAUCACGGAGGAGAAGUGCGCGUGCGGCCGGGGGGUCCCCUCCAGGUCGACGGUCCAGGUGGAGCUGCCCCCCGGGUGCGCGGCAAAAGUGGAGGUGCUAGUGGCGGGGGUUGGCAAGGUCGUGAAUGGCCGAGCGGUAAGAAACGAGAGUGUCGGGGUCCAAAGCGGGCGAACGGACGGAACCGGAAAUGCUUUAGAAGAGGGGAAGCGGAACGAUGUUGAAGCUGCGGUGAUGGCAACUCGUGGAGAACGGGGUAGUACACUGGCGGAUUAUGCGGGAGGAAGUGCGGAGAAAGGGGAGCCUAGAGCUUUAGGGGCCGCCGGAGGUGGGCGUGAGGAGCGCCAGGCUGGUGCGGGCGAAGCGGAAACUAGAGAGGCGGGAGAAAGAUACGGAUGUGCCGGGGAGGAGCGGCCGUGGAAGAAGGUGCUCCAUGUGCAAAGCAUUUCGAGCUGGGCGCCCAGCUGCAUCGGCCCGUACAGCCAGGCCACGUCAUACAACGGGCGGCUCUACAUGGCGGGAAUGCUGGGCUUGGAUCCUGCCACGAUGGAGCUCGUCGCAGGGGGUGCGGGAGCCCAGAUGGCGAGGGCGCUCCUAAGUUGCGAGGCCGUGACACAGGCAAUGGGCACGUCCGCACGGCUGAAGGGAGAGACGUUCACCAUCUUUCACGACAAAAAGUGCUCGGAGGACGAUCUCCGGGCAGUGGAAGAAGAGCUCGGCAUAUUCAUGGAAGGCCGGCCAAGUGCUCGGUAUAUAGACAACUUCAACCAGACUUCCCCGAAGCAGGAAAGCGAAGAGAACCCGUUAGCGGGGUCUCUGCAACCUUCCCAACGGCGGGAUCUAAGGGAAGAAGUGGCUCGGGAAAUGCAGCUUGAGUUGGAGGCUGAUGACGUGCAGAGUGAGGACGCUGCAAACGGUGUCUCCGCUUUGGAGAUCGCCUCGGAAGCAAGCAGACACGGACCUUGCGUCAAGUACGAACGUGUUCCUGGAUUGCCCAAGGGAGCCUUGGUAGAAGUUGUCAUGGUAUGCAGAGUUGACUCCAUGUAAAGAAGAGUUACGUGUCCAGAGACUCGGGCGCAAUGGCGGAUAUUGCGUCCUAGUUGCACGGACAGUGCUUGAGUUUGUCCGCGG